AUGGCCGGAAACACUGAUCCCAUCAACUUCUGGAAGGCCGAAGACUACUUCGACGACAUUCACUCCUGGGACUGUCCCCAGGAGGUUGAGGAGAUUAUCCCCGACCCGCCCGCGGACAUCGCUGACCCCAAUCACUGGCAUGGCAUAACGCUGAAGUUCGUCGGUGGCAAGCUAUGUUCACUCCAGUACAUCAGACCUACGGUGUGGAGGAUCCGGUUUGAUCCUACCGUCAUCUCCCAUAAUGAGUACAAAGAUAUUAACACGCGUACCAUCAUUGGGGACUAUCUAUCGCAAACGAUUCCGGACCUGGAUAGUCGUGUUGGGAUUAAAUGGGUAUCUAAGUUGGACCCUCUCGUCAAGGGUGCAACUGGUGAUUAUUGGACCUUCAAAUCGGAAGUAACCUCGGUCUCGGAUUCCACAGAUGGCCACUACGAGCAGGGCCCAGCGAUGUCUAUUCACAUCUACAAAAAGCCAUUCCGCCUCCAGGCUUCCCGCUCACUCAAACCAUUAGAUGAGCUCUGGCCUCUCCCGGUUGAAGUUAUACAAUCGACACCAAGGCUCAAGACCGUGUGGCAGACCUCGGAGCAGACAUUUCGCUAUAAGCUGGACCCUGACCAUGAUAUGAUUAAGAAUGUGAUUCUUGAUGUGAUCAAGCCGGGCCACGGAGAGUAUAUUGGGUGGGGCGAGCAGGGAGGCUCAAACUUUAUGAAGAAGCCGACCAUGAUGAAUUACUUUAACGCGGACAAUAUGCAGUACGAGCAGGUCUAUGAUAAAGGCCCCACGGAUCCGAGAGAGCCGCUAUACCAUUCGGACCCAUUCUUCUUGGACGUCAAUUCAAAUCCUGAACACAAGAAUGUCACAGCGACCUUUAUCGACAACUACUCCCAAAUGUGUGUUGACUUUGGCAAGACAAAUGCAGGAUACAUAAAGCUUGGUACCAAGUUUGGGUGUUAUGACGCUAUUAUGUUGUCCGGCGAUACGGUGAGGGAUAUUGUUAGAUUAUAUACCGCCAUUAUUGGUCGAUCUGCAUUAAAGCCGAGAUAUAUAUUGGGGAACCACCAAUCAUGCUAUGGGUACAUGAAUAAGCAGCAGCUCUUUGACGUUGUCAAGUACUACCGCGAUAGAAAGAUUCCGCUUGACGGAUUACACAUUGAUGUCCCCUUACAGAACAACUUUCGGACUUUCACAGUUGACAGGAAGGCGUUCUCAGAGCCCGAGCAAAUGUUUGCCCAGCUGAGGAGUGAUGGGAUCAAGUGCUGUACGAACAUUACACCUGUCAUCAGCGCCAACGACCUACCCGGCGAGGAGGGUUACAAGACCCUUCGUAGUGGGCGCGACAAAGAUUACUUCAUCAAGGAUAACAGAUAUACGAAAGGAGUCUCCGAAGAAGUAUCCAAGAUCAAUUACAUGUGCUAUCAAAACGGCAAUAGAAAUAACAUCCCUGCGGACGAAUGGGAGAAGCGGCCGUACUUUACAGACGAUAAUGGCCAUGUUUAUAGGGAUGAAUAUGACUUUAGCAAGCACUAUAAUAAGGGUGGCCCUUACCGCGGAGGGGUUAGCUAUGGUUACAACGAUGGCACGCCAGGGCACUACGCGGACCUAAACAAUGAGGAUGUCCGUGAGUGGUGGGGACAACAGUAUGAAGAUCUCUUCACGAUGGGUUUGGAGUUUGUCUGGCAGGAUAUGACAACACCAGCGAUCCAUGAGUCCUUUGGGGACAUGAAAGGACUGCCGUCCCGUCUAAUGCUCGACCUUCCAAACCAGAGCCCAAAACUUGCCAUUGAGGCGUGGGCUGUGUACUCCUACAACCUCCAUAAGGCCACCUUCCAAGGUUUAAGCAAGCUCAAAUGCCGCGAGAAUAAAAGAAAUUUUAUCCUUGGGCGCGGUAGCUAUGCUGGAAUGUACCGUUACGCCGGCCUCUGGACUGGUGAUAAUGCCAGUACUUGGGACUUCUGGAGAAUCACAGUCUCACAGGUUCUGUCUGUUGGGCUCAAUGGCGUGAGUAUCUGUGGGUCUGAUACAGGCGGGUUUGAGCCUGCUCGUAUACGCAUUCCAGGGCAGCCGGAGAGGGAGGAAAAGAUUUGUAAUCCCGAGCUCCUCAUUCGGUGGUACGUCGGCUCGACAUUCCUACCAUGGCUUAGAAAUCACUAUGUUAGUAGAAAGGACACCAAGACAGGAGAAAUGAGAAAGUGGUUCCAGGAACCAUAUGCAUAUCCAAUACACUGGGAAGAGUACCGCGAAAAAAACAAGACAGAGCUUGUGGGUCAGGCGUGGCUCUAUUAUGGUGUUGAACACAUCGUCAAGUACUAUCUCGAGCUCCGGUAUGCGUUGAUUCAAGUGUUAUAUGAUGCCAUGUUUGAAAACCAAAUCGAAGGUUUGCCUAUUGCACGAUCCAUGUUUUUGACGGACCCGCAAGAUACCACCUACUUUAAUGAGAGUCAAAAAUUCCUGGAUGACCAGUAUGUAGUCGGUCAAGAUAUUCUCGUCGCCCCCAUCAUGCACAGUCGCAGCGAGGAAGGCCAUCAGAACGAAUCUCGGGAGGUCUAUUUCCCUCUCGGGUAUUUCUGGUUCCCCUCGAAUCUGAGGCCUUUCAGCUCGCAAAGAGUCCCGCUGGUACCUUCAAUCCCAGGUGGCAAAGUGUUGGACUUGAGAGCUCCGAUUCCCGAGUACAAUGAUCCCGCACCUGGGACUACACCACAACCGGAGAAAAUGGGGUACCCGGACGUGCUAUUGCACUUCAUCAGAGAGGGUUCGAUUAUUCCACAAUGUGAAGUUCGCCAAUACAUUGGUGAUGGAAAAGUGAAUCCUAUUACACUCAAUGUCUAUCCCCAUGUUUUUACACAUAGGAGAAAGAGAUCCGAGUACACAACCUACCUCGACGAUGGCGUUAGUUGUAGCAGUGCACCAAAGGAUGCUAUGCGGGUGGAGCAACUUAUCAAGGCUGCCAGACGAAGAGGUCAAGAUGCCUCAGCCCUUGAGAACGCCAAAUACGAUGAAUACCGCGCCGUCAAGAUUACCCAUGAGACAACAUCUAGUUCCACUCGUACGAUUACAAUUAGCCGGAAGGUAAAGGACAUCGACUACGAUCCGAAGAAAGAGAUCGGCGAGGAGUACACCGUAGUCUUUUGGUACGAAGAGCGUCUCUACAACCCUGACUUCGAGAUGACUGUUACACCGUCCUCAGGCGUAACCGUUGAGAAGUCAGACGAUCCCGCUCAAAAUAGUUUGCAUGCCGUGAUUUUGAAAGUGAAGGAAACAUUAGGCAACACGGCAAAUGUCACCAUUGAGAUCGUGAUGAAGGAAAAGUGA